GAAUAAAGAAAGAAAAUUAAUUUCAAAUGUAUUACGUCUCUUGUUGUACGUUUCAUUUAAGAGAUGUUAUACAUAUACAGCAAAAAAAUAUGAUUAAUCGUUCAGAACUUAUAUUCCUGUUAAACCUUCAUUUGCAAUAAACUUCAGUGAUUUGUUUAAUGACAAUUUAAAGUAGAUUUCAAUGCUUUAUGUAAUUAUUCGCAUACUAUUGCCAAUUUUUGUCUAUAAAUUGUAUUUUUCUCUGUUUUUAUGGGGUCUUGACCCAGUUUCAAACUGGGUUAUGGUCACCAGCAUUUUGGAAAUUCAAUUUUAACCGAAAAAUCGGUUUCUUACAACCGAAGGAAUGAUUUAGAGAGGGGGAGAAAGGGAACGCAUAGAAUUCUUUGAAAUUAUAUCAUUUAUUGCCCUAGAUUUAUAUUAUACAAAGCUUAAAUACAUAUACAUAUACGUAUACAUAGUUGCUUGAUCUUGAGAAUGUGUACACCGUCAUUGAAUUUAUUAGAUUGAGUAGUUACUUUCAUCGAUUAAGACAUGGCUUCAAUGGAAAACAAAUUUAUGGUGUGGAUAGACGGAGAAUACACCGGACUUAGAGACGACGAUAAAAUUUUGGAAAUUGCUUGCAUAAUAACUGACAACGAUUUGAACGUAGUUAGCGAAGAUUUUAAUGUUGUAAUUAAUCAACCGGAUGCAGUAUUAGAAAAUAUGGAAGAAUGGUGUAUAGAACAUCAUAAUAAAUCAGGGUUGGUGGAUGACUGUAAAUCUAGUAGAAUUAGUUUAAAAGAAGCGGAAGAAAUGUUACUUAAUUUCAUAAAGAAGUAUGUACUGGAGGGAACUUGUCCAAUGGCUGGUAACACAAUAUACUGGGAUCGUCUGUAUUUGAUGAAAUACAUGCCAUUAGUUCAUAAAUAUUUACAUCAUAGAAUCAUUGAUGUCAGCACGAUUAAACAACUUGUCAGGAUGUGGAAUCCAAAGGAGUUUGAAAAUGCACCUAAAAAAGUAUUCUGUCAUAGAGCUCUGUCGGAUAUAAAGGAAAGCAUACAGGAAUUAAAAUAUUAUAAGAAAAAUAUAUUUAUAUCUUAAAUCCUUUAACAUAAAGUAAAAAUAAGAUAAAUUUGUACAUA